UCUCUCUCUCACAAGUGUUUUCCCUCUCUCUCUUGUGCAUCGGCGAGACUGUCUGCUCCCUUAGCCUACAGGAUAACUUAAUCUGUGCAUCUAGCUCACGCGCUCCCAAAAUGCAGCUCCGGCCGCUCACCACCGUUGGGACUAUGCUCCUCACGGUGUUGCUACUCGUCUCCGGCUGCAUCACCAACGCACACAACAUCACCAAAAUUCUGGCCAAGCACCCUGAGUACUCCACCUUUAACCACUACUUGUCCCUCACGCACCUUUCUUCCGAGGUCAACCGCCGUACCACCAUAACCGUCUGCGCCGUCGAUAAUGCCGCCAUGAACGAGCUUCUUUCCAAGCAUCUUUCCAUCAAUACUAUUAAGAACAUCCUUUCCAUCCACGUUCUGCUUGACUACUUCGGCGCCAAGAAGCUCCAUCAGAUCACCAACGGCACGGCGUUGGCCGCCACUAUGUUCCAGGCCACCGGAACGGCUCCUGGAUCUGCCGGAUUCGUCAACAUUACGGACCUUAAAGGUGGAAAAGUCGGAUUUGGUGCGGAAAACAACGAUGGAACUCUCUCUGCUUAUUUCGUCAAAUCCGUUGAAGAGAUUCCUUACAAUAUCUCUGUGAUUCAGAUCAGUAAGGUUUUGCCGUCAGAUGUGGCGGAAGCGCCUACACCUGCGCCCAGCAAACAGAAUAUCACCGCCAUUAUGUCCAAGCAUGGAUGCAAAGUCUUCGCCGAGACGCUCUUAGCAUCGGAUGCGGAAAAGACCUAUAUGGACAGUCUGGACGGCGGAUUGACGGUGUUUUGUCCCGCGGACGAUGCUUUCAAGGCUUUUCUGCCGAAGUACAAGAACUUAACGAAGGCAGGGAAGACGGCGUUGCUGGAAUACCACGGCGUUCCGGUGUAUCAGCCCCUUGCUACGUUGAAGUCUAACAAUGGCUUGUUAAACACAUUGGCCACCGACGGAGCUAACAAGUAUGACUUCACAGUGCAGAAUGAAGGUGAAGAAGUGACUCUGAGGACCAAAAUCACGACGGCGAAGAUCACCGACACUCUAAUCGAUGAGGAGCCUGUGGCGAUCUACGCUAUUAAUAAGGUCUUGUUGCCAAGGGAGCUGUUCAAAGCGGAUGCACUGGCUCCUUCUCCUGCGCCGGCACCGGAGUCUGCAGCCGCCGACGCACCCGAACAUCCGAAGAAGAAAGGAAAGAAAGCAAGAGCUGCUGCUCCUGCAGAUUCAACUUCCGAUUCAGACGCACCAGCUGAUUCGCCGGACAUUGCCGCAGACGACACGGCGGACGAUAACGGCGCCGUUCUGUUUGACGGCUCCUUGUCCUUUACUGUGGCGGCGGCUUCCUUUUUCGGGUUCCUACUCCUGUGAGUUAAGUAAUGAGAUGCUUUUAUUUAUUUCAUGAUUCAUUCACUUUUUGAAGGCCUUUAAUUAGGAAAUGAUGUAGAAAAACUUUAUAGUUAUGUAUUUUUUUUCUUAAUUUAAUUUUUAAAUGUGAAAUUUUAUUUAUGUGGAAAAGAAAAAUUGUUCAAUGUUGUGAGCUUGUGAUUCUUAAUGUAAACUUGAUUCAUCAGUUGUCA